AUGUCGGGACCUCUGAGCGGCCCGUCGAGCAUCGAAUGGCGCCGUCAGCGUCUGAUGCAGAUUGGGAGCUCGGCCGCUGAGGAGGACGAGGACGAGGUGAACGAGACGACUUCCCUGCGCCCCGCCAUCGAGACGCGUGCGGCAUCUUACGGGACACUCCCGAGGCAAGCACGCGACCCGAAGCAGAAGGCCUCCCACCGCACCCGUCAUGCACUCGCGCUCCCGAAUCUGCGUAUACCCAAGGGUCGGUACACGAACCCGCCCACGCCAAGCGUCGCGUCACCUCGCUCGCUACGCAGCGGCUCCUACUUCGCCACCGUCACCCGCCGCCCAGUCUCCGCGUACGACAAGCCCGUUGCGCAGGAAAUUCUCGAGGCAGAAGGUGCCAUCAAGACGAAUGGAAUUCGUGUCUGGUACUCGUCAUUCACUUCCAUCGACUGGCUACAUGACGCAAUCAAGGAUUCGGCGCGCCAGGCGCGUUUGCGCAAGCACAAAUCAAAACGCGGUCGAGUCCGCAAGCAGAUCGACAGGAGUAUAGGGUGGAUCACCGUCACCCUCGUCGGCUUCUUCACCGCUAUCAUAGCCUUCAUGAUCGUCCGCGGUGAGCAAUGGCUGUUCGAUAUCAAGGAGGGUUAUUGCACACGCGGACUGUGGAAGGCGAAGCGGUUCUGCUGUCCGAUCAAAGAUGACAACGUGUUUGCACCUCGCAUCCCCUCCUUCAUGCCGAUGUCGCCCGAGGAGUCUUGCGUGGAAUGGCGCACAUGGGGCGAGUACUUUGUUUCUAUGCAAGGUGUUCCGUUGGAGCAGGAAACCGUCGAGUAUGUAGUCUACACCGUGGUCGCCAUACUCCUCGCCGUCAUCUCCGCGGUCUUGACUCUCCGUCUGACUGCAUCGACUUUCUUCGUCACUCGGAAAGACUCUGGCGUGUUGUCUUCGACCUUCGCAAGUGGUAACGAUGAUCAGAAGCUUACGGACCUUCCUGCUGGAGCGGCCCCUCGCAAAGUGUUGUACUACGCUGCAGGGAGCGGUAUCCCAGAGAUCAAGACUAUCCUGUCUGGUUUUGUCAUCCACGGUUACCUGGGCGGAAGAACCCUCUUCACCAAGUCUGUCGGCUUAGCCCUUUCCGUGGCCUCUGGAUUGUCUCUCGGCAAGGAAGGGCCCUUUGUGCAUAUCGCGUCAUGUGUGGGUAACAUCGUCAGUAGGCUAUUCAGCAAGUACGAGACCAACGAAGGCAAACGGCGUGGUGUCCUUAGUGCGGCAUGUGCAGCAGGUGUUGCAGUCGCUUUCGGGGCUCCCAUCGGAGGCGUGCUAUUUAGUCUCGAGGAGGUGUCCUACUUCUUCCCGGCGAAGGUCAUGUGGAGAAGCUUCUUCUGUGCGAUGGUCGCCGCCAUGACCUUGCGGUUCCUCGACCCUUUCGGUAGUGGGAAGCUGGUUCUGUUCCAAGUGACAUACGACAAGGAUUGGCAUGCAUAUGAACUGGCCCCCUUCCUACUCCUGGGCGUCUUUGGUGGAGUGUACGGCGCAGUGUUCUCGAAGCUUAACUAUCGCUGGACUCGGGACGUACGCAACGCGACGUGGCUCAAACGGUACCCCGUGGUGGAAGUGAUCCUAGUCACCCUCGUCACAGCGAUCCUCAGCUUCCUGAACCCAUACACGCGUAUGGGCGGCACCGAGCUCGUCUACAACCUCUUCGCCGAGUGCCGCUCCGGCAGUGCGAACACGCACUCCGGGCUGUGCGUCCUCGACCCGCCCACCCAGGCUAUCCUCGUGAUUCAGUCGAUCUUCAUCGCAUUGAUCGUGAAGGGCGCGCUCACCAUCGUGACCUUCGGCAUCAAGGUCCCCGCGGGUAUCUUCAUCCCCACGCUCGGAGUCGGCGCAUGCGCCGGACGCAUCCUGGGCAUCCUCAUCCAAUGGGCGCAGUACACCUAUCCCACCAGUCCUGCCUUCACGAUGUGCGAAGGUGACCUCGAUUGCGUUAUCCCCGGCUUGUACGCCAUGGUUGGCGCCGCGGCUACGCUUUCCGGUGUCACCCGCACGACUGUCUCGCUCGCUGUCAUCAUGUUCGAGCUCACCGACACGCUGACGUACGCUGUCCCGGUUAUGCUCUCGGUGCUCGUCGCGAAGACCAUUGCGGACGCGCUCGAGCCGAAGGGCAUCUACGACCUCGUCAUCGAGCUCUCACAGCUGCCGUACCUUGACGCCAAGCACGACUACGUCUGGGGAAGCCUCCAGAUCAACGACGUCACGGACCGCGACGUGGAGGUGCUGCGUGUCGACCACGAGAACACGGUGAAGAGUGUGCGUGAUCAGCUGCAGGCGCUCGUCGAGGGGGGCAACUCGGACAGCGGCUUCCCGAUUCUACGCCCCGACGGCGAGGGCACGCGUAUGGUUGGCUAUAUCGGCGCGAACGAGCUUGAGCACGCCCUGAGCAUCGUCGCGGACGAGCCGGACGAGAUCGUCAAGUUCCACACGAACGCGCCGCACCACGGCGGCCCAAUGGCAGGCUCUGUGUCGUCGCUCGCAGAGUCGGGCAUGAACGUCGUCGGCUCAGAUCCGUACGACUUCAGCUGCUACAUGGACCAGGCGCCACUGACGGUGCAAGACAACUCGCCGCUCGAACUCGUCCAACAACUGUUCACAAAGCUCGGGGCACGGUACGUCGUCGUCACCGACACCGACGGCCACUACGAGGGCGUGAUCGACAAGAAGACGUGGCUGGCUUUCCUCGACGAGCUUUCGCACAAGUAUGAGUGA